AUGGCGGAAAAAACUUCGGCUUCUCCGAAAAUUGAAAAAGAGACUGCAUCGACUAAAGGUCUGGGUCGCCAAAUUAUGAACGCCAUCCGCAAACUACAAGGAACUCAAGGAACCACUCUAUCCAACAUCAAGUCGUUCCUGAGCAACACCAGGAAUGUGGAUACAAAGCAAAAGGGUGCCGAAAUCAAGAUGUACUUGAAGAACGCUUUGGAUCGUGGACAACUAAUGAGUGAAGCGGGAAACUAUAAAGUGGCUGAAAAGGUGCAAAAGAAGAUUGGUAGAGGACGCAAAGGACGUUCAAUGAAGACAUCCCCCAAAAAGCAGGCAAGAAAAUUGGCGAAACCCAAAGCUACUAGGAAUACUGGCCAACGAGGAUCCAGGAAAAGAAAAAGCCCGAAAAAGAGUGGCUGA